AUGGAGAUCCUGCAAGGCACCCGCACAGGUGAUAGGACAAUGAGUGAGAACAAUGAGGAGAAUCAACAGCAGGAAGUUCCUGGGAAAGUGGAACCACAGGGAACGUUUUUGAGAAGAGCUGAAGGAAUUUUUUCCCAGUGCUUGGAACAGGGGAAAGCCUGGGGAAAUUGGCACAGGUCAGAGAGGCACCUGGGAAACCAUCCAAGGAAGAAAGUGGAUGAAUCCAUUCAAUAUGGGGGAGGAUGCACAAAUCCCAAGAAAAACACAGCCCAGCAGACAAAUCACAAGGAAGAGAAACCAUACAAAUGCCUUGACUGUGGGAAAAGGUUUAGUUGGAGUACAAACCUUCUUACACAUUGGAGAACCCACACAGGAGAGAAAUCCUAUAAGUGCUUGGACUGUGGGAAAAGCUUCAGUGAGAAGUCAUACUUUAUUACGCACCAGAGAGUGCACACAGGAGAGCGACCCUAUAAAUGCCUUGAGUGUGAGAAAAGAUUUAGUCAGAGGUCAUACCUUAUUACGCACCAGAGAGUGCACACAGGAGAGCGACCCUAUAAAUGCCUUGAGUGUGGAAAAAGUUUUAGUGAAAGUUCAUCCCUUAUUAAACAUGGGCGAAUCCACACGGGAGAAAGACCCUACAAAUGCCUUGAGUGUGGGAAAAGAUUUAUUGAAAAUUCAUCCCUUACUAAACAUGGGAGAAUCCACACAGGAGAAAGACCCUAUAAAUGCCCUGAGUGUGAGAAAAGAUUCAGUUUGAAAUCAGCCCUUAAUGCACACCAGAGAAUCCACACAGGAGAGAAACCCUAUAAAUGCCUGGACUGUGGGAAGAGUUUUGCUCACAAUUCAGGCCUUAUUGCACAUCAGAGAAUACACACAGCAGAGAAGCCCUAUAUAUGCUUGGACUGUAGGAAAAACUUCAGUCAUAAAUCAAACCUUAUUAAACAUCAGAGAAUCCAUACAGCAGAGAAGCCCUAUAGAUGCUUGGACUGUGGGAAAAACUUUAGCCACAAAUCAAACCUUACUAGACAUGGGAGAAUCCACACAGGAGAAAGACCAUGUUAA